ACGUGCUCUUAUGGGCACACAAAAUGUCUCUUUGUUCUUUGACGACCUGAAAGACAUCGAUUUUUACUCGCUCUUCUGCUACUUGUGUGUGUGCUACCAUGGCCCAAAGUAAAGAAGCCGAGGUCAACUUGUCGGAAAUCCUUCCAACAGACAUGUCAAGUAUUGCAGAGAUUGAGAUUCCGUCACUGGAGACGAGCCAAUCAGCUGAAGAGGCCACACCCACUCCUGGUAAACGAAAACGGACCACCCGUGGCCCCCAUGAAUCAAAGGAUCCUAAUGCCCCGAGGCGACCGCAAACUGCGUACAUGAUGUUCACAAACGAUGUGCGGAAAGACGUUCGAUUGGAUCAUCCUGACACAUCCGUUUCAGAUCGAGCGAAAAUCAUCGGGCGUAUGUGGGCAGACCUUGAACAGACUAAGAAAAAGGAGUACCAACAGAAGGCCCAGGAGGACAAGGAGAGAUACAUACAAGAGUACGUGGCUUAUCAGGAAACUGACAUCUACAAAGAAUUCAUUCGCAAGAAAUUCCCAAACCUUCAGUCGAAGAAACCAAAAACAGAUGACGAGAAAAGCGCCACCAGCUCCAAAACAACUACCACACCGUCUGCAAAGGCUGGAGCUUCGUCUGGGAAAACCCCGUUGUCAUGCCAACAACAAUUUGUUCCAGGACUGAAUAUUCCGAUAUUUUCAGACGAGUUUCUCAAACACAACAGAGAAAUGGAGGCAAAGUUGCGUAAACUGCGGCAGUCGAGCUCUAAUCUUGAGGAAGAGAAUGCUUUGCUGAGUCGGCAUGUUGAUAGCAUGAAGAGCGCUGUACUUAAAGUACAAAAUGAGGUUAAGAAGCAGGAAGACAGGAAUGGGAAGCUACAAGGUCACCUCGUGAUGCUGCGUGAGAUCCUAGUCACCAUGUUCAAGGAGGUUCCUCUACCAGGCUCAGGGGAUCUCCCCACCGUGGACACUAUUGAUGCUUACAUGGGAAAGCUACAGCAAGCUAUCUCUAAUGACCCGGACAAGUAUCCGGACCUCAUGGUCAAGGUGUCUGACAUAGCCAAACAGUUGGACACAGUGCUCAAACCUCGACUGGAACAAGACGGCCUCACGUUAACGGAGGAAGGGGGAGGGGCCUCCGAGCAGUGAACUAAGUACACGAGCAAAUACAUGUGUACCUUACUAUUGUAGUUAUACUAAACAUUUGUAUGCAUCCAUUUCUUACAUUCAUAAAAAUUUUAAUAUGAAAUUUGAUAUUAACAA